UAUAUUUUUUUUUAUCUACCUAUCUAUAUAUUCCACAAACCCAUUUAAUUAAUUUUACACAAGCUCAAUAUCUAUUCAUCUUCAUCUUCUUCCUCUCCUCCUCUUUUCUCCGUAACCAUGUCAAGUACCGAUCUAGAAUUACGCCAAGGCUUAUCGUCUUCAUCGAAGAUCAACCUUUCUCCUAUCCCAAUUCAGACACCGGAACCAUCCGAACCGCCUCUACUCGGAAGAAUCAUCCAAAUUCAAAGACUAAACGACGGCCAAGACGAUGAAAACAAUAACAAGAAUAAGAUCAAUAACAAGAUAAACGACAACAAUAACAGUAGUACUGAUCAUCAGAAAGAGAUCAAAGAAAACGAUAACGAUAAAGAAAAAGAAAACGACGAUCUUUGCGUCACACCUACAUCAGAAAGGUACAAAAUCCCGAAGAUCGUAUCGUGCCCGCCGGCACCGAGAAAACCGGCGAGACGAGUCCCGUCAUGCAAGAGAAAAUUGACGGAGCUACAAUUCUUCGAUGUGAAGAAUCGUGAAGAUGUGGAUGAGUUUCUCAGAUCGAUCUCAACGAAUAAUAGUAAUGGUUCGCCUUCUUCUACGGCGGCGGCGGCCAAAAGAUGCUGUCCAUGUAAAUGAAUCUUAAUUUUUUUUAACGCUUUUUCUUUCAUCUAAGUAUUCACACGGAUUUUUUUUCUUUUUUAAUUUUAAAUUUUUGGGGUAAUUUGAUAUAUAUAUUAUGUUUUUCUCUUUUUUUUGGGGUAUAAUACACUGAAUUUCGUUCAUUCACCCACCAUUACCAAAAAAAAAAAAAAAAGUAUACAUACAUGUCUUAUGUGUGUUGCUUCUCUCUCUCUCUCUUCUUUUCUCCUCAGACUCAGAAUAUGUAAAAGUGAAUGUAUAUAUAUUCUGGUCAGAAAUUAAAUAUAUUGGAGAUCGAUCUUCUUUCUUUCUUUUCUUACAUAUAUAUAUAUGUAUAUGUGUAUGCAGUAAAACAUAAUUCAGAUAAAUUUGGAUCGAUCUGAUCAAAUUAUGUAUUUAUGAAUAAAUAAGGUGUAAUUCAGCUGUUUCUUUAAUUA